AUGUUAAUAUAUAAGAGAUUCUUUUUCCCUCAAGUGGUUUUCAAGAGGUUUUUAUCAAAUAUUGUUAAUGAAAAGGAAAUAUCCAGGGCUAAAGAUUUUUUAUCUUCCAUCAGCAGAAACUCGGUACCUAAGCACUUAUACUCUUUGAAAUUCAGUCGCUCCAGUGGUCCAGGGGGUCAAAAUGUCAAUAAGGUGUCAACGAAAGUAACUUUAUCAUUAUCAGAGUCAUUUCUCUAUCAUAUCCCCAAGCUAGUGUUGGAGCAGUUAGUGGAAAAAGACUUCAAAUAUUUCAAUAAAUCUAAAAAACUGAUCUUGAUACAGUCGGAUUUAACAAGAUCUCGGGAAUCUAAUGUUGACGACUGUUUCAAUAAAUUAGCGAAAGAGAUGAAUGAUAUUGUAUAUUUUAGAAACACGGAAAAUGACGAGGUAAAUCAAGCUAAAUGGAAAAAAAUUAAACAGAAAACAAAUGAGAAACGUUUACAGGAUAAAAAGAGACUCAAACUGAAGAAAGAACAUCGGCAGAAACCCCAAUUUGAUUAG